UUUGAAGGCUGUCAAGCUAGUAAAAAUGAACAAGCACUGUUGAAGAAGAUAUUUCACCUAAAUUAUAACGUGAAUGAACGACCUGCUGUAAACGAUUCAGAUGCUGUGACGGUCAUUCUUGGUUUAACACUCAAUCAGAUUGUUGACGUGGUAGGUAUCAAAUAGGGACUAUUAAGGUGACUCGACCCAGUUUUUUUUAGGGGGGACCAUCCUACUUUGAAGCUCUCUGGUACCCCCACCUUUACUUUUAUCGUAAGUAUAACACAUAGAAUGGAUAACAUAUAGAUCAAUCUACAAUAUAACAUAAAAUUUUUGGCGAUCGGAGUAAAUGUCACGUGGUUAUAAUGCCACGCCCCUUUAAGGNACCCGGACUCUGAAUUUCAUGGUCAUUGAAAAACUGUGACAUUAUCUUCUAUAAGCCCAAACUUGAGUAAACAUUGAAGAUUUUUAGCGUUUUGGCUGAGUUUGUGCUUUGGGAGUUGUCUAUUGUUUCUAGUCUGUCAUUAUACAGCAUUCUUGUUCAGCACGCGUGCAAUGACCACGCUUGGCUGACUUCCGAAUGCUCACCGAGAUAUGAUAAUUUAGUAUAAGAAAAUAGAAGGGAUUCCCGUCACGAGUUGGUUUAAUUAUUGGCUUGCAUUAAACCUAUGAAAAAAUGAUAUUUUUUUAAUAGUAAGUAGAUUUAGUGUGUAGCACUUCUUGAUUUUUUUGCAAAGGCACAAGAAGCACGAGAAUUGAUUAAAAAUUGUGAGUUACACCUCUAUGUAUCACGCGAUGGCCUGUCUCACUGUACCAAAAUUAUCAUAUUCGGAAGUCAGCCAAGCGAGACAAAUCAAGAUUCGCGGAAACCCGGUUAUUAAAUCAAUAGGGGAGGCCAUUUCAUAGUUGCCUAGGCCUCUGUUAUUUUUAAAGCGAGGCUAAAAGCGAAGCCAUUGAUUUAAUUUAAUUUAAUUUCAAAAACUUAUAAGGCGCAAAUAUCUAUAUAAAUAUAUUCCAAUGCGCCAUAGGGAAAAAAAAACAAAAACAAAAACAAAACAAAACAAUAAUACUACUAAUAAUAAAAAUUAUGAAUAAUUAUGAUAGUAAAAAUGAUAAAAUAAGAUGAUAAUGUAGAUAUAGAAUAGAAAAACGAAUGGCUAAAAGUUAAAAAGAUAAAAUCUGUUAGCAAAAUCUUAAAAAUUAUAAGCUGAAAAAUAUUUAUAGUCUAGUAAGCUAAAAAUACAAUCUUAUAAUCUAAGUUGUACAAAAUGCUUUUUUAAAAAGGUGAGUCUUCAACUUUGUCUUAAAAGUGUCAACUGAAAUGGAUUCCCUAAUAAAUCUUGGCACAGCAUUCCAUAGCUUAGGUGCAGCAGACAGAAAGGCCCCUUCACCGAGAGUUGCCUUGGGCUUAACAUUCGGAUAACUAAGUAGGGUACUGUCGCUAGAACUAGAUUUGAGAAUGAUAUAUUAUUCUGAUGCAAAUAAAACUCAUUUUCACAAGAAAGAUUUUGCAUUUUGCCUCAUUUUGAAAGUGAGAGUUUUUGGAACUAGACAUCAAAUUUCUUGAGGCCUAGGUUCACAGCCUGUCUCCAAAGUGCGUGUUUAUAACAUUAUAAAAAAAUAGCCAAAGGUAAUUUUUGUUUUUCUUUUUGUAUUUUAGGAUGAAAAGAAUCAAAUUCUGACAACAAGCGCCUGGGUUAGACAAGUGAGUUCGCUAUACCAGCCCAUUUCACCUGCCUUUUGCACUAUUUUGUUUGAACCGACCGACAAUAGCUGUACGUGCCUCUCGACAUUGUAUCUACAUCAAAUUUGACUGAACCCUUAAUAGAGCCACAAAUGCGUUGGUAAAAGGUUGACAGAUGGAGUGUAAUGUAGUGGGUGGGCGAUACUUACAUGCAUAAGGAAGGUUCUAGAACUAAGUAUAGGAUUACUGAAAAAAUUGAAGUGAUAAAAAAAGAUAAAGAUGUGAAAAUGUCGUCUAACUUUAACUUUUUCGUAAAUCCUCAGAUAUGGUUUAAUCCUCUCUUAGCCUGGAACAGCAGUGAGUUUGGUGGAUUAAAAACUAUCAACGUGUCUCCAAAGAAAGUCUGGCUUCCAGACAUCGUUCUAUAUGAGAAGUAAGUGUACUUUAUCUAGACCAAAAUUGCCUUUUCGUUAAGAUUAUAGCUAGGCCAUUCGUUGUGGUAAAAACUGAUUUUUCAGUAAAAUGAAAUUAGGGCGGCCGUUUUACUUUGUUUUAUGAUUACAAAGUGAAGGAGAAUGGAAACGCUUUAAACUAAUUAUUAGCUUAUAUUCAUGGAAACUCGCGGAGGAGGCCUAAAAUUUACUAGAUGUCAACGUUGAUUUGGUACGGGAGAUUUGGUGCGACAUUUCAAUGAAAGUAUCCAGAAGAAUUUGACAUGAUUUUCCCCACGAUGAAAAGACAAUUUAAAAGAUGUUGUCAGCAAAAAAUGCUUCUGACUAGCUUCUGACUGCUUUCCUUCAGAGCAGUCAUCAAGAGUCGAGUAAGAGCGAUCUUUGAGGAUAAAAUAACGAAGAAUGGAGCAGGUUUAACCUUGCACACCCCUGGGAUGGACAAACUUUCACGGGAGGAUUGGAGGGGGGGGGGGGGUCGGGGGUCUGUCUGGUUCUUUUUUGAAGUUAAGAUUAAUAGCGAACGGUAAAUAAGCUAUCUUCACCUCGAUCUCUCCUUCACCCCUGGAAGAAACCGGUCGUUUCGAUACAAACUCGAGAGGUUAAACUUCACAAAAAGUUUCAUUCACUACAAGUAUAGUUUGCGUGUGAACAAGAAAAACAUUUUGGGUGAAUACUCUUCGUUCUUGUUUUGAAAUGACUUGUAUCGAAACAACCGGCAACGCUCCUGGAAUAUCUUCAAAAUUUGCCUCUCUUCUUUUUCACAGCGCUGACGAAGAUAUCAGUUUUGGCGGCAACUUAGACCGCUUAAACUUCCGAGUUGUACUGCAUCACACGGGAAAGAACGUUUGGCUUGCUCCGGUCACUUUCAAGAGCAAAUGUCGCAUCGACAUCAAGUAUUUCCCAUUUGACACGCAGUAUUGUAAAAUGAAGUUCGGUUCGUGGACUUACGACGGCUAUCGUCUCGAUAUAUUGAACGAGAGCCACUCCGCUGACCUGGGAAAUUACAUCGAGAGCGCCGAGUGGGAUUUGGUCGGUGUGCCGUCGGUGCGAAACGUGUUGAAGUAUUUUUGUUGCGAGGAACCGUUCCCGGAUGUAACAUUUACCCUUAUCAUUCGGAGGCGCUCUCUUUUUUAUAUGAUGAACUUGAUAUUACCGCUGGUCAUCAUCACCGUGUUGAUUAACGUGUCUUUUAUACUCCCCGCAGAGUCAGGUAGGUGUUUUUUGAUGCACAUGUGCAGUACUGACUUCGCUCUUUAAUAAUUUAAUCGCCAGGAGCCCAUAACCCGGAGCGAGCAACUUCCUUUGGACUCGUGUCACAGCAUUUUCACGGACCAGUUUAUUUUUAGAACGGUUUUGGCGCGAAUUUUGAAUAUCUUUUAAAUUUCACAAACCAGUCAGCAAAACAUACAGACCUAAAAAUGAUAUUUUUUGCCUUUUAAUAACGUCCAGUUUUCCUGUUUGAUAUCUUAUACUUCGAAUGCGCUCAAAGACAUAGUGGAAAUUCUAUUUUCGCAGGAAAAAGUGCCGUAAAAUGUGUCUUAAAAUAAACUGGUCUGUAAAAACGCCGUGACAUAGACCCAGUAUGGAAGUUGCUCGCUUCGAGCUAUGGGCUCCUGAAUCGCCAAGGGUCCGGACUCGGUAAACGCAUUCAAAUCAAGAUACAUGUCUGUAUUAUCUUGUAAUAAUACUAAGGAUAUAUGUCACCUGUCCUAAUUCUAGUUUUUAGACGAAGAACAAGUCAACCAAUAGUUUUUUGCUUGCGUCAUUUCCCUUUAGUGUACUGCAAAGCAGUGUAGUGUGUUUGUGUUGUACAUUGGCCACUGAUUGGCCAGUUUGGAAAUUGGGCCAAGUUAACUUUCGCAAGGGGUUCUGGGACUGUUACUAGCUGACCGGUGCGUCCUCAGUAACGAUCCCAGAAACAAUUGCGGCACGUAUCUCGGCUCCAGUCCCCUUCUCGUUUCUCGUGGCGACUAGAUUGCGCGCAGUCUUGAAAACAGAGGUCUGGAGGAGCUUGAAUACAGCGAGUGACACUUGCUGAAGAGCGGCGCUCAGUUCGCUGCAUCUUGCUGCAGCAAGAGAAAAUGAGCUAUUCUCUCUUGGCUGCAGCUACUCUACUUCGAAUUGUCCAAACUAAAGGCAAUCUAUCUUUUUUCAAAAUCAAGUUUGAUUGUUUUAAUCUACGUUUAAGAAUAGUCUCAAGUCUUAACCAAUCUUUUGCUUAACCAGUGGAAAAUGGCUCGUUAAAAAUUCACUUUUUCCUUGUUGUUCAUUGUUUUUUUUUUCUCAGGUGAACGUAUUUCCUUGACGAUAACAAUCCUUCUGGCCAUGACAGUGUUCAUGUUGGUGGUGGCAGAAACAAUUCCCCCAUCAUCGGAUGUAGUACCGCUUAUUGCCAAGUUCUAUAUGGCUGGGAUGGUCGAAAUGGCUGUCGGCCUUGUGUGGACUUGUUACAUCUUGAAAUACUAUCACUCGGAUGUCAUCGAGAUGCCGUAUUGGGUUCGGAAGUAUGUCCUCGGCUAUCUCGGAAAUUUCUUCGGAAUCAGUAUGGAGAACCUUAAACGAAUCCAGGAGCAUUCAAAAAUGCGCAAGGAUACUGGUCGGAAAGCCACGCUGGAAACGUCGUUGGAGCCAAUUCGAAAUGGCUCGAUAAAACUCAAGAAUAAGAUUCGUUUGAUUAACGGUCACAGCAAUAGCCCUUAUGACAGCCAUUACAGAAACACGGCUUCGAGUACAAACGGUUUUCUUGCAGCACCGUCUCUCAGCGCUUCGGAACUAUCGUUAAAUCACAUGGAAGGGUUCCAGGAUCCCGUACUUCAGCUGGGAGAAAGAAUUCUCGACCGAGUCGACACGCUUGUAGAAAACUCAGUCGUAGACGACAGACUGAACAAUCACAAAGAAGAAUGGCGUAUUGCUGCCAUGGUGAUGGACAAGCUUUCUUUAUGGGUGUUUGGGAUAGCCGUAUUGGUGACUGUAUUGGCGGUUUUCUUACAAGCCCCUGCGUAUGUCGCGUGA